GCCUAGCUACAGGUUACAAUAUAGAACGAACACAUUUAUAACUCGAAACUCAUUCUGCAGUUCGACGUGCAAAGAAGUACAUACGCUAUUAAGAGCUGUUCUGAAGUCUAGUUUACACCAUGGUUCUUCGUUGGGGAAUAUGUGGUGCCGGACACAUUUCUAAUGAUUUUGUCUCUGCGCUCUUGGCACCACCAAGUAAUGUCCAUGAGGUUGUUUGCAUUGGAAGCAGGUCACUGGACAGAGCAAAAAGUUUCGCAGACAAGUUUGGAAUAAACGCAGCUUAUGGAUCGUAUGAGGAUGUUGGCAAUAAUCCAGAUGUUGACAUUGUGUAUAUUGGUGUGAUACACAUUUGCCAUGUGGCACUGUCCAAGCAGAUGCUUAGAGCAGGAAAGAACGUACUGUGUGAGAGACCAAUGGCUGCUAACCUGGCUCAGGUGCUAGAGGUACAGCAGGUCGCCAGAGAAUGCAAAAAGUUUUUCAUGGAGGGACUUUGGAGUCCAUGUUUUCCAGUUUAUCGUAAGAUCAAAGAAGAGGUGCGAGCUGGAAACUUGGGAGAAAUAUUGUGUGUGCAGGCUCAAUUCUGUAUUCCAAUUAUCGGAUUCGAACGCAUCGCAAAUCCUGAUUUGGGUGGAGGAGGGUUGCAUGAAAUUGGACUUGACACCAUACAAUUGUCUAACAUGAUUUUCAACAAUGAAAAACCAGAAAAAAUCACAGCCGAUUCCAAGAUGUCUGAUCGGGGAGUUGAUGAAGAUGGGUGUAUUAUAUUAACAUAUAAGAAUGGCGGAAGGGCUGUGUUGUUUUAUAGCACAUUGAUUGACGGGGGAAAGAAUAACGCCACAAUACACGGCACAAAAGGGAAAAUAGAGAUUGGUGAGAAUUUCUGGUGCCCAAUGGAAGCCACUCUGCCAUCUGGAAAAGUUAGCAAUGAAAUACCCUGUGGUCCAGUGCCAAAUAAUUUUCCAAAUACAGGAGGCCUGCGCUUUGAGGCUGAUUGUGUCAAAGAAUGUCUAGAAAAUGGGAGACUUGAAUGCAGUGAAAUUUCUUUUGCCGACAGUCAGGCUCUUUACUGUGUUAUUGACGAAGUUAUGAAGAAAAUUGGAAUGAAUGUAAAAUGGUGAUGGUGUUCAUGUUUCAAAAAUGGUGAGAUUCUGAGAUUUGGCUGUUAUCAUCUGUUCGCUCUCAUAUUCAAACUAAUGACCAUAUAUUGAUGACGUGAAGCAUAUUGACUUAUUUUAUGUAAGAAUGAGAAGGAUGCUAAAUAAAAUCGUUUCAAAGAAUGUAUAAAUGCCUAACAUGUAAUACAUAUGUAAUAUGUAUCGUAUAUUUGAUUUAUUCGUAAUUUUCACAUACUAUCAUAACUUUAUUUUAUAUGUUUUGUGGGCAGAUUUUGAACUAUAAAAUUGGA